ACGAGCUUACAUUUACAUUUCUUAUUAAAUUAAAUCUUAUUCAAUAAGACUUAUUGUCUCACCCAUAAGAUUAAAACAACAACAACAAAGCUAUAAAAAUGGAAACAAUGUGUUGACAAUUGUGCCACAUAUAAUAUAGAUCUAGAUCUUGAUUUCUGAUUCUAAAUCAUGACCAAAGAUAGUAAAUCACAGUCCACAAUCAGACGGAGAAAAGGAAAACAAGUGGCGCUUGCUUUACAAAAGAUCAAAGAAGAAACUCCUAAGCAGAUAAUUGGCUUUGAUGAACAAAUUGCUGCACUAGAGGCGGAUGAAAAAUGCUACUUGUUUGAUGACAGAGUUUUUGGACCAGUCAUGUUACGACGUUUGAUGUUCAGCUCUCGCUCAUUGUUUCUGGCCCUGUUUUCAAUACGAGUGGCAAAUGCAUUGCUGAUACAAACACAAUAUGUCCCUGAUGAAUAUUGGCAGAGUCUUGAAGUGGCGCAUAAAAUGGUAUUUGGGUAUGGUUACAUGACAUGGGAGUGGAGAGAAGGACUUCGAGGCUACUCUUAUCCUUUACUUUUUGCUUUUUUCUUUAAAAUUUUGAACCUCUUGGGCUUGGACUCACGGACAGUGUUGAUCAAGGUGCCUAGGCUUGUUCAAGGCUUUAUUGCAGCCUAUGGUGACCUUCAGUUGUACAAACUUUCAUCCAAGCUAAGUGGGAGAGCUACAGCACAGUGGACACUUCUGUGCCAUCUCCUUUCCUGGUUCACAAUUUACUGCUGUACAAGAACCUUGAGCAACUCCACUGAGACAACUCUUGUCAUUGCUGCACUAAGUUACUUCCCAUGGCCAGAUCACCCCUCGCAGCCCAAAGAUGUGUACAAGUUUUUGAUUCUAGCAGCCCUUUCAGUUAUAGUUCGUCCCACUGCUGCUGUCAUUUGGAUACUGCUCUGCUCAUGGCACUUACAACGGAUGCAUGGAUCACCUUUGUUUAGCAAUGUUGUCAAAAAUUAUUUUUUUGUCGGAUUUCUGAUGCUGGGUAUCUCUGUGGUGAUUGAUCGCGUUUGGUAUGGUCGUUGGGUUUUCGUCCAGUUGAACUUCCUGUUGUUUAACGUGGUCCAUGGCGGAGCUAGCAUCUACGGUGUUCACCCCUGGCAUUGGUAUUUUUUUCAAGGAUUUCCCGUCAUUUUAGGAACUUUUAUUUUCCCUUUUCUCCUGGGUGCAUGGCGGUCCAAAAACAAAGGAUUGCUGUGGAUCAUUUUGUGGAUACUGGCUACACACAGUUUUCUCCCGCACAAGGAGUUUCGUUUCAUUCUCAUGGCUCUUCCAUUGGCGAUGCAUUACUGCGGCGUUUAUUUCCAAACGUUAUGUUGCCAGCCUCCGCUCAAAAAGUUCAAACCUAAAAAGGAGAGCAGCAGAAAGCAAGCUGAGCCAGACGACAACAAAAGUCAGCAGAGCUGUGAGAGUAUCCAGGAGGAAGAUGUGGGUGAUGAGGUGAAGGCAGCAACCACCACACAAGUAGCAGGAGAACCAGCAGGGUCAAAAAGUCAAAGUUCCAGCAGUGGUGAUCACCUGCAGGCAUCAAGCAGUGGUGAUCACCUGCAGGCAUCAAGCAGUGGUGAUCGCCUGCCUGCAACAGGGAGUCCAACACAAGCUGACAGUGAGGAGGCCAAAAAUAGUUUUCAGAACAGAAGAGCCAAACUCCAAUCUUCAGGUACUUUGGAGGAAGAUGAGGACUCCAAAGUAACAGUUGACCCUGAGGUGUUGAGAGAUGCGCAACACAAGCGCAACCUGGCAAAGGCCAAGGUGUUUGUGGUACUGCUGGGGGUGACCAACCUGCUGCCUGCCAUGUAUUUCUGCCUGAUACACCAGAGGGGAACCAUCAUGGCCACCAAGUACCUGCACGACGCCAGCCUCAAACACCCAGACAUGGACGUGCUUUUCCUGAUGCCCUGUCAUUCCACACCUUACUACAGCUACGUUCACCAGAAUAUUUCAAUGAGGUUCCUAAAAUGUGAACCCAACCUCCUGGGAGUCUCAAACUACACAGAGGAAGCAGAGUUCUUCUACCAAGAUCCCAAGCACUGGUUGCAGAAGGAGUAUGUCAAAAGGAAACGUCCCUGGCCUACACACAUCGUUUACUUCAGCAGUCUGCUCAAUGACAUCAGCGGCCUUCUGACCCAGGCUGGCUACAGGCUGUGUGAGCAGUUCUUUCAUACUCACGUGCCAGAGGGGAGGGUGGGGGGCAGUGUUUUGGUCAGUUGUAGGUAAGCUGGUUCACCCAUCUGUAGGUGGGCUAGUCCAGCAAGGUGUUGUUACUUAAACCUCCAGUUGUCCAUAUAAAUCAACACUGGCACAAAUGUAGCUUGCUGUGUAUCUAGUCAACAUGUUAACUGUUCAUUCAAAGCCUCUGUUGUGACUGCUGAUGAGUUCAUUCAUUUCUCUGUAAGUUUGUUUCAUUACUUUUUUAUGUCAACAAUUGUACAUAAUAUCUAAUAUUUUUAAAACAAUUCCAUAAAAACACUGUUCUGACAAUCACUAAGAUCAAACCUCAGUUUACUAACAUCAUUCCACAGUUAACUUUCAACUCAUAAAGUUCUUGUUUAGUAAAUAUUGACUCUACAUUAAAUUAUUAGAUGUACAAAUAUGUUAAAAUAAGCAUUAAACUACAGUUCAAUUAGCUCUAUGCACUAAGGACUUUAACUAAUUAAAGUUUAUAAUUGAUUUACUAAUUCAAUUUAUUUAUAUCACCAUAGCUGUUCUUCCUUUAUUGCAAUAGACGGAAUAUAAAUAUAUUUAUACCUUUAUAAAGUAAUAUUAUUUUACAAAAGUUUUUUUUAUAGAACUAAUGGUGUGAAACAGUGUUUGUUGAAGUUAUUGCCAAUAGACAUCUCGUGUGGGGCUAAACUAGCAGCGGAACACCAGGCCCACCAGGUGAACACGCAAGUUGUGUUAUUGUUAGAACGUGUUUGUGUUUACUGUAUGCUCACGCUGCUGUUUUUGUGACCCACAGCACUAUAUUCUCUCAGCUCUAGCCAUGUGACAGUGGACCAUAGAGAGGGGUAGAGGGUGGAAAGGUUGCAUAAGUGCACCAUUUAGUGUGGUAUAGAUGGAUUUGAUAGUGUGUCAAACCUCAUAAAAAUUUAUGCCAGUUGACUCCCUCAUUCAUCAAUAAUUUAAUUUAAGCCAAGGUAGAUUCUAACUAUACAUACAUUUUUGUUAUUCUUUUGAGAGGGGAGGGGGAGAAGAGAAAGUUUUUGUAAAGAUUUGUUCAUGUCUAGGCGUGGCCACUGAGUCAAGGGACAAAUUCAUUGGUUAGGCCUAUAAUGACAUGGAUCAAACUGUGCAAUUGUAGUUGAGCUUUCAAUUCAAACCUAGUCCAGCAUGAUCUGAUGAAUUACCCCAUCAUACAAGAUGUUAACUAUUGCAGUAACUUUGUUUUCUCUGACACCUCAGCAAUAAUACAUCAGAAGGUGCUGUUAUUAAUUGAUGUGACACAAGGCAUUGUCAUUUUUAUUUUUAAAGAAAAUGUUUUAUUAUUAGCCCAAUUUUUAAAAUAAGUCUUUUGUUGAUGAAUAUAUUUUCUACACACAUUUAAGUGUAGAGAAUUAUUUUUGGUUUCAUUGCAUUUUUACAAUUUUUGUUUUUUUGAUAACCUUAAAAAAAAUCAUGAUAGCUGAUUUCAAAAUUUAAAAAAUUUAGGCAAGAUUAAAAAAAACAAUGCUAAUUAGGUUAAACAAUGAUUAUUAAUGGCUUUUAAUUACAAGAUUGAUCACAUGAAGUCAUUUGUUUAGCCUGAUGUUAUAAUUUGAGUUUUCUUUUAAGAUGAUUUUAACUACUGGUUUAGAAGAAUUUACUUUGUAAAGUUUGUGUUACCAAAAUAAAACUUGAACACAUUCCAAUUUAUUUUUAAGCUUUUACUUUAGACCUGACAGGUGUAGUCUAGACUAAUUAACUUCAGCAAAUGAAAUAUAUUUGUCACUUUUAUUUAGUUAAAAAUAUUUUUACAGCUAUUUUAAUCUGUUUCAUUAUUUGCAUACUAUUACUAGUAAAGGUGUAAGGAUGGGCGCAUUCUAACAAUUGUUCCCUGAUAACAAUAACCUGUCCAUGCUUUUAUCUUAACACCAAUUUACGUAGACUGAUGUAGAUUGACCACACAUAGUUAGCUUCUGUGCAAAAAUAGUUAGUGCCAUAAAUUGUGUCAUACGCUAUGUUUAAAUAUUCUGUUCUCAUAAUCUAA